CCGCCCCCGAGCAAAAAGCUAGUGUGACACAGUAAUGCCCUUCCCUGGCGCCCUGAAUGCCCACGGGUAAUACAUCUACAAUCAGACAUUGGACGAGUGUGGAGUGGAAGCUCGGGAGUGGAUGACGAUAGACGGUGCAUCAGCGAGCUGUGAGCUGGCUGAUCUCAGAGCAGAGAGGACACCUUGUUCGGGGCGUUCACAGUUCUGAGAUGUCAUUCAAACAAGCUAACGCGAUGUCCAUCGCCCAGGCGUUGGCCAUGACUGUAGCCGAGAUACCAGUGUUUCUGUAUUCCACAUUUGGGCAGGCCAUAUUUUCUCAGCUGAAGCUUUCCCCGAACUUGAAGAAGGUGCUGUUUGCCACAGCGCUGGGCAGUGUCGCCCUGGCUCUCACCGCUCAUCAGCUGAAAAGGCGGGGGAGAAAAAGGAAGCAGGUAACGCAAGGGAAGGAGGGCCAGAGGACGGUGGGAAUACCCGAGGCGCUGAUGAAGACGGGAAGACCCUCGUCAUUUAAUAGAGGCCCGUUCACUGGCCGACAGAUGAUGAGCCCCAGCACUCGGAGCAAUGACACCAUGAGCGAAAUUUCUUCCCUGGGCCCCAGUAAACACUCAAGUUCCUCACACAGCCUGGCAUCUCUACGGGUGCCAAACUCUCCAAAUCAGGCAGCCAAUCCAUCCAACCCCUGGGAAACGGAGCCCGUGGUGGAAGAGUCAGGGGCAAUCGAGGAUGCAAAUGCAGAGGAUCUCUAUAUAUUGGGGAUGGAGCUCUUUGAGGAAGCUCUACGAAAGUGGGAGCAGGCCCUGAAUAUUCGCCAUCCCGCCCACUCGACCUCCAGCAACAGCAGCCUCGCUCUGCAGGGGGCAACGUGUGAGGACUUUCCAACGGUCGAGAGCGGUAAUAAUGGGUUUGCGGAGAAGUUGGAGACCCUGCUGCACAGGGCGUACCACCUACAGGAGGACUUUGGCAGCAGCAUCCCAACAGACAGCGUGCUGGCAGAUUUCGAGAGUGAAGGAACUCUAAUCUUACCUCAAGUGGAGAGCUACCACCGGCUGCAGGAUGAUGACGCGUCUACGGUUACCUCAGACGAGACCUUCUUCUCUGCUGCAGAGCUGUUCGAUGCCCAGUCUCUAGAAGACGUCUACCAGCCACUUAAACCUGCAGCUCUCUAUGAAGAAGCCUUGACUCUGGCCCGGGAGGGCAGAGUGUCCUAUCGGUCUCUGAGGACUGAAUUACUUGAAUGUUUCGGUGACCAAGACUUCCUUGCCAAGCUUCAAUGUGUGAGACAAGCAUUCCAGGUCCUCUUGGUGGAUGAUACUCAUCGCACGUUUUUCAUGGAGACGGGGAAGCAAAUGAUUUCAGGCUUAAUGGUGAAGGCGAAUAAGAGUCCCAAAGCCUUCCUGGAGAGCUACGAGGACAUGCUGCUUUACACCAAGAGAGAAGAAACGUGGAACGUCACAAAGAUGGAGCUCGAGGGUCGAGGGGUGGUGUAUAUGAACUUCUUCGACAUCGUAUUGGACUUCAUCCUCAUGGACUCAUUUGAAGACCUGGAGAACCCUCCCUCCUCUGUGGUCGCCGUGCUGAGGAACCGGUGGCUCUCUGACAGCUUUAAAGAGACGGCUCUGGCCACUGCUUGCUGGUCUGUCCUUAAAGCGAAAAGGCGUCUUCUUAUGGUCCCUGAUGGGUUUAUCGCCCACUUCUAUGCCAUAUCGGAACAUGUGAGCCCCGUUUUAGCUUUUGGGUUUUUGGGACCCAGGCAGCAACUCAGUGAAGUGUGCACCAUUUUCAAGCAACAUAUCCUGCAGUACCUGAAGGAUAUGUUCGAUCACGACAAGGUCCGCUUCACCUCGGCUCAGUGCUUGGCCGAGGACAUCCUGAACCUUUCCCACCGCCGGAGUGAGAUUUUACUCGGGUACCUGGGGAUCAACGGCCUCCUGGAGCUCAACGGGGCCCCGCCGAGAGACACAGAGGGCCCUUCAGAGCCUAACUGAGGCUACUCGGGUCACCAGGGGGCGUCCGACUUUUUGGGACUUUGGUGACAUCAUGGAGACUUCCUAAAAACACCUGAAGAGAGCGCUCCCAUCACAGGAGGACCAGGCCGUCGACACUAUUAUUUCACAAGGAUGGAGUCUCUGAGAACGAGAGGUUGCAUUGUAACCUUCCAUUCCUCGGACUUGUGGAAUAUCAUAGUCUUCAUAAUCACGUGAAAAGAAUCGGCGUGUGAGAAAUGUGCGUUUGUAAGUUUAUACUGAAAGGGGGGAAGGAUAUUGGCGAAGAACCAUCAUAAUUCCUGGCAGGCUUGGCCAGUUGAAGACUUGAAGGAGUUUGUCUCCUCAAUCUGAAGAAGUGUUUAUUUAAUCCGGUUUGGUUGAAUUGCGCAAACUUAGAUGUCACAUAUCCAAGAGACGUUUUUUUUUAAAAUGCAAAAAUAUACCAUGUAAAAUUAGUGAAGUGUGUUCCCACGUUGCUCAUAUUGAAGUUUGAUUAUCCCAAAGUGUUGCGUCGACCCCACGGCCAUCUUCUCUCGCAGGGAUCCAGCUAAGAUGCAAGCGCUUUGUAAUAGAUGAAAUUAUUCUGAUUAAUUUUAGGUGCCACAGAGAAAGAAACUUCCCACUACCAAUAACCCAAUGUUACUUAAACCGGUCACACCUGUGCUUUCCCUUCUGUGAGCUGUCAACGAUAUCUGUCUGUUCUAAAGGUUCAGAAACACACGUGGAUAUUUUUCCGUACACACAUUUUCAAAUUGAACCAACCUCUCAAUCAAACGGUGCCAUCUACUCGUUGUAGUUUAGUUUCAGGAGGACGUGAUGAAGAAGCGGACGUCGUACAGUCCGACUGUCACCGACAUGAGUGCACUGAUGAUCACCUGACCGCUCUUUGCUUCCUGUUGUUGGAAAAUGCAUCGGAGCACAGAGACAUGCCAAGAAAAACUCAACUCACGUCUGCUGAUCCCAACAUUGAUAACUCCGCCACUGUAAAAGCAGAUGUGUGUUAUGCAGACUUUGGUUUGUUUGUUUAAAAAAAAAAAACUGUCAAAUACUGAAUUAUCUGAAUGGAAUGUGAUGAAAAGAUUAUUUAUCUGAACGCUGUGUGUGUGACCAACAAAAGAGAAAAAUAUUUCUGUCAAAUAACUUUUGGGGUCUCUUAAUAGUUGUAUCAUACAAAUUAAUCAUUAUGAUACAUAUGUGUGUGUUUUUGUGGUCUUGAAUACCCAAAGCCUGCUCUGGUUGCAACACGGCUCUGAAGUUCAGAUGUUCAAGGUUACAGAGAUGAUGAUGAUGAUGAUGUUUCCACAGCGGUGUGUUCAGUCGGCGCCGUGGGGAUCAUUUCUGUUUCGGGUCCAGCAUUCGCAUCCAACUGUGGAUCGAGCUGCUACUGGACAAAAAGACGCUUUUGUUUUGCAUACCUGCAGCUUUGUGUUUGGAGGCAUUUUGCACUUUAACAGGUGAAGCAGAAAGUUACAGGAAUGUCCAACAACCCUUUUUAUAUAAUCAGUUUGAACAAUAUAGAAAUAGAGAAGUAAGCGUUGCGUCAUAGAUCUGACAUACUAUCGAUAACAUGAGGCUUAAAUGCUGUACAGUAUAUGGAAAAUAUCUUUCCUAGGAUAAAAAUAUAUAUUUUAAGGAAGUUCUUUAUUCUGAUUACAACGUUUCUGUUUUUCGUCUCCAUGUUUUGAAAUGGUCAAAUUCUCAAAUUUCAACUUUUGACUGGUUGUCCUGAUCCAUUGUCCCGCGUCGUGGUCCCGUUAACGUCGACUACCAUGUAUAUUUGCAACUGUCAAUCAUGCAGGUCGACGCCAUUCUGGAGAGCUGGUAAUGUGUCGUCGCUCGUUGUGCUUCUCCUCGAGUCCUGAGCGUGAAUGAUCAGAGAGGAAUGCAUGUUGACAGUCGAGCUUCUCUGAAAUGCAUCAAUCGGUGUGUCUUCGCAACUUUUUACGUCUCGGCUCUUAAUUUUUGUUCGAUUUUAAGUUAACUCGUAACGACUUGGAUGUCAGGAUUUAUGAAUGAACUCUCGAGGAUAUAUAUUCUAUAGAUUGUGUUUCGAGGAUUCCACACGGCCAAAAUCUUGUUUUUGUUUCACUGAUGUACAUUACAAGUGUCCUCUUCAUGCCUUUUUUUGUCUUUUCUAUUGUUAAAUUAAAAUGCCAGCACAAACUGUAAAUUAAUUUUUAAUUCUCCAUGUUAAAUGUAAUUUUUUUUGUGAUUAAACUAUACAUUUAUUAUGCCUUU